AUGGAAGGUUUAACAAGACUUAUGGAGAGUGAGGUGGAGUUGGGUGAUUAUAAAGGCUUUCAUUUCGGUGAAAAUGACUCAUUGGAUAUACUUCACUUUGCGGACAAAACUAUUAAAUUUAGUGAAGAUAGAAAUAAGAAUUUAUGGGGUUUGAAGGCAAUUUUCAGGGGCUUUGAACUCAUGUUAGGCUUAAGAGUAAACUUAUACAAGAGUAAUAUUUAUGGCAUCAAUUUAAGCGAUGGAACUUUAGAUUUUACGUCGUCUUUUCUGGCUUGUGGAAUUGGGGUUUUUCCUUUUGAAUUCUUGGGUGUUAUGGCGGGAGGACAGUCCUAUGAAGGUGGGAAUGUGGAAAGAGUCUUGAAUGCUAUACCUCUAUAUUCUCUCUCGUUUUAUCAAGCUCCUAAGAAGGUGAUUAAAGAGAUAAUAGGUAUUCAAAGAAGGUUUCAUGUGGAGGGGGUGGAAGGUGAAAGGUGUAUUAAUUGGUGGAAGUGGCAAACUUUAACGGAGGAGAAUGCGGCGUGGUCCAAUCUAUUGAAGUAUAGGCAUUCUAAUCUGGCGUUCAAGAUGUACGUGAAUUAUGGUAUAGUGAUAUCAAAGGGAGACUCUAUUUGGUGGCGUGAUAUAAUUUUGAUAAAUGAUUGUGAUGGUUCUAAAGGACUAUCUGCUUCUGAAUUGUUCUUAUGCAGGGCCAAUAACGGUGAAAAUUUGUCCUUUUGGUUCAGCAGGCCAUUGGGAGAAUUCGAGCUGGGUUUGGGAUUCCGACAACUGGUUGGAAGUGGAGGAAGAACAAAAUCUCUUUAUGUUAUAGUACAUGACAAAUAUGCUGCAAGAGUUUCCAUUGGUGCAGACUGUCAAGGAUGUGUGCUAUUGAUCUAUUGA